UUUGUAGCACAUACUUCCCUUUUGGAACCCACAAAUAUCCCACAACCGGAACAGCUAGGAACACUUACUAGGUACUCCAAACUAAAUAAACACACAAAGAAUAAAACUUAAAUUAAAAAGCACCCAAAAGAAACCAAACAAAACCACAACAAUAUGAAUCGCAUUGACGCUUCCAUGGACGACAUGGCCAACAACAAAUUCCUGACCCUCUACAACAGUGUGAUCAAGAGCUAUGCCGCCUCCACGGACUUUAGCUACAACGAAGUCGUCUGCCUGCUGAUCGUCUACUACAAAUUCUCGCUGGUCAAUGUGCCCGCCUCGCGGCUGAUGACCACCAAUCAGCUGUAUGGUCUCUUUCUGGUGCUGUUUCAGAUCUUCGAUGUCAGCAUCAUCGAUCGCAUUCUGAUAAACAUUACGCAAGAUGCGCGUACUGUUUCCCCGGAUGCAUGGAUGCAGCUGUUUUCGGUAUUUCUGAGCCGCAACCUGCACGAUCGCAUGCGAUUUGCCUACAGUGUCUAUACGAGUGCUGGCACACAGAUCCUUAACCGCGAGACUGUGGCCAUAGCUGUGGAGAAAUUCUUUGUUGGCGAAGACGAUGAUGAGGUUCAGGAACUGCGAGCGGACAUGGUCGAGUUUUUGUUCAAUAAAUUCGACAUUGACAAGGAUGGCAUUAUUUCGUUUGACGAGUAUUCCGAAACAGUCUCCCGUCAACCGGAACUAAUGGAAUUUCUGGGCCAAGUCUAUCCCGAUGACAACGAUAACACCCUAAUUGCCUACUGCAAUAACAUUGAGAGUUUGUUCCCCGCCGAGGAUUAACGUUAAAUUACAAGCGAUUUAUGAUUGAA